AGACAGGCCCCCACGUCGUUCUUGCUGAAAGCAGCAUCACGCAAAUUUGUUUAUCACCUCUACUUCUACGGCACCUGAAGCUGACCAUGCCUUGAUUUUUAGCCUGCUGAACAAGUUGUAGAAAGGGAAAACUACUGCGGUGCAAUUUUUCAUCCCCGUCCCCUAGUACUAACUCUCCACAACCUCUAAAGUGGAACGAAGAAUAGAACCACUACCCUUCCUCUCCAAAACGCAGAACAACAUCAUCACCUAGUACCAGGAGGAACGCAAACAUGGGGCGUGGUCCUGGUGUUCCUCAAAAAUCUAUUUCGGCGGCUGUGGCUAUCGUGAAGAUUUCUGGUGCUGUCGGCGUUUCGGUUGGGGGAAAGAUGCCGCUGGCGGCAAAGAAAACCAACUAUCGCGGCCAUGAAAAUACAGCGUUAUUCAAGCUGCAAAGGAGCGCAGCAGCGGGUCGGGGUCCUCCGGGGGCAGAUGAGGCAGAAGACGCGCAACUUCGGCGUACUAGUUCUGUUCUACUCGAAGGUGGCAUGAUCAACAAGAUGACAAAAAGCGCGCAAGAUGGCAAAAAAGAUGCUGCCGGCUGUGGGGGGACGAACAGCACGGCAGUUACUUCUGUUGACGGCAGCGAGUUCUCAACUACCCUCCUCGAGUGUUCCCCUGGAGCGGUUGACUCGUCGGAAAGUCAAAUUCAUCCGGAUCGCUCUUUCGGAGAUUCUGGACCGACUGCUAUCUGGAGUAAAAACGUUCCCACCUCCACCUGGCUGCUUCCCAAAGUCAGGAUGGACAUAAUUCUGCAAGACAGGAGGGCCAGAACAAGUAGUUUUGGCACACCGUACUUAUGUAUAAAAAAAAGCUUGGGUUUGAUAUUCAUUGCAGUGUAGUCGUGCGUUGCUGGUUGUAGUGAGUCCAGACGCCUCUGCCUCAACACAGAUCCGAUGCCUUUAUGCCAAAGCGGCGGCAAAUAUGGAAGAUUACCGCACUUUUACAACAGGAGAUCACUCUUAAACACAAGGACAAGUAGAAAAUGCCACUCAUGGCGUCGAGCUACAUGAGAAAUAUCAUGAGGAUGCAAAUUGGCAUGACAAGUCUGCUAGGGCGGUGGGACCGUUUUAUUUACAAAGCAUAUGCGCGUGCCAGAAAAAGAUCCAGCACGUGGCACCCCUGACAGCGGAGUCAAGCUCGGAAGAGAAGGAAGCACUUGGAAAGGCAUGCCUCGCUAUGCACUGCAAAUAUGUCCGAGUGAGGGUCUGGAAACUUGUAAUACUGAAUUCUGCUUCUGCAGCUUCUGAACAGUGUCAGUGAAGAAAAUGCACGGCCAAGCCGUGUGAGAAAUAAAUAAGUAUAAAAUAUUUAUAUGCGCGACCACUCAGUGUUGCGUUUUGGUUUUGACAGUAACUCGCUCGCCUGAAGAAGCGAGCACACAAUUGGUUUUCCGCAUGACACGCAAAAGCGUCCGCCCCUGUACAUCACGCUCACGCAACAUCACAGACCCUCUUUCUAGUCUAACCAUACCGUACCAUGAUGCCAGACAAGCACGACAAACCUCCUUGCAUCGUUCCAGACCCAGACAUAUUUGCAAUGCAUACUAGCGGAUCCCAAGGAGUGCUGGUUUGACGAACCUUACCAUGGUGAGGGCUUUUACCCGGGGGACUGCAAAAGCUGGGUGGAUGAUGCGUGGGCGGGAUGUCGGCGUCUCGAGAAGACGGAAAGACCUCUGGAUGGUGUUGCCAACAAGGUACGGCCAGCCUGCGAUCAGUAUGAGAGUGCACGACGUUCUUGAACUUUUUACUCCUCCCCGCCGAUUUGAAGGGCAGCACGCGCAGCAAGGAGAACUACACAAGCUGCAGCGCGAGAUGAAAGUAGAACGUGGCCUCCGCAUGAGCAGGACUCAUUUUCCGCACACAGAUUGUAAUACUGUUUGAGCUGCACCUGCAGGUUCCGAAAUUUUUUAUGCACACGACAGAGCCUAAAGUAAACGUAAACCUACAGGAAAGUAGCUGUGGAUUUGGUAUUUCAAAAUGCAGGACAUUAUUAAGAAAUGAGGGAGGGCGGGGGGGUUCAGGUUCUUGUUCUUCGUUGUGCGCUCUCAUAAGGGGGCGGGAGCCUCUGCCUCGACCUGCAUGUGGAUGGAGAAAACGAAAUGGGCGGCAGCUAGAGCAAACGUCACCAGCUCCGCGGAGCUUUUCUAUUUGAAACUGGAAGCGGAAAGCUCUAUUGCCCUUCAGACCGGUGGACAUUUCCUCACUUCGGAAGCCGGCGAGGGGUGGUGCACGGUGAGUACUACCGUUACUCCCGCCCCUCUUGUUGUGCCGCAAUUCAUAUGCAUUGCAAAAGUUUCGGACUAGUAUAAACCAGCCAUGCUCCGGCUGCCGCCGGAGCGCAAGGCUGUUGGGCCGGGGCAAGACUGUUUGCCGAUAGGACCACAACCCCGCGGGCCUAUGCACAACGAAACAUAUUGCGCCGCGCCAACCCGCAGGACCACUUGCGCGCUUCCCGCGCCUGUGGGCGCUCUGCGCAGGGAGCAGCUGCAAAGACCACCGGGGGCGAACAGAAGCCGCCCGGCGGGAGAGGGUAGCGCGAGAGGGUGGCGCGAGAGGGUGGCGCGGAAAGGCGCCGAACAAAACAGCUCCGCGAAUGGCCUGCAGUGCCAAAUAUGGGUAGUGCCAUGCGGAUUCGCGCCCGCUUCUUUGUGUUUUACCCUCUCGCAGACCUCUCGCAGACCCUCUUUUCGACCUCUUUUGGGGGUCCCCGCUAAUAAUCCGGCUAUACUCGCGGGUAGAGGUCGACAGAGGUGGCCGAGAGGUGGCCAAGAGUGAGGGUCCGCGAGAGGUCGCCCCUUAUUCGCGCCACCUCUCGCCACCUCUGUCGACCUCUCGCGCCCCCUCUUUUUGACCUCUCUGCACCCUCUGAGGCACUUAGGCGCCGCCUUAAGGUGGGUCCUUCGGCGGGCUAUACUCGCGCACCCUCUCGCCGACCCUCUCGAAAGGUAGGGGUCCCGCUCCACCUCUCCACCUCUGUCGACCUCUUUUUUACCUCUUUUGACCUCUUUUUGACCUCUCGGCCACCUCUUGUUUACCCUCUGUCUACCUCUUUUUUCGCAUGAAUAUAAUAUGUAGUAAUUGCAUUACCAACGUUGGCAAGAAGAGAAGUGGAAUUUGUAAUACUGUUUUAUUACCUUAGCCUUAGGCAGAACAUAACAUUUGCCAUGCAUAUUUUUAGCAAUCCAAUUAGUACGAGUACGAUACUUUUGCACAGGAUAAUUCAUCGCUACCCUUCCCGAUACCGACUGCAAAUAUGUCUGGGUCUGGAGGGAUGCAGGGUUUGUCAUGCUUGUCUGGCAUGACUGCAGAGUCUGUGGUGUGUGUCCAAGAAGAGACCGCCUACGCGUCGAACACGUUGUUGUAGGCACGAAAAUUAUAUUUCGCAUGCUUGGCUGUGCAUUACUGUAGAGCACUCACUAUGUCCAACUCAGCAUUAGAAGUUUCCCGACCCAGACAUAUUUGCAUUUGAUACCCGAUCUCCCGAAACAAAAAUUCAACUGCGACUCGUACGGGAUUCUCAAGCGUUGCGUUCUCAGCUGUUUUGUAUCGUUUGGCAUGCAAAAUGACCAUCGGCAUUUGCAUUGACAUGAUGAAUAAGCCACUUCGCAUGACAAAUCUUCGAAGGGUCAAAUAGCAUGGAGAUGAUCCACCGGGCAACGGUAUUGGUAAUGCGAGAAGCGCAAGUGCAAGGAGCGCCCCCCUUGCACUUUUACUAUUCUGGCAUCACAACAGCUGCAGCUGUAACCGUUGAAACUCGCAUAACACACUGUGGGGCGACGCGGUCGAGUGCGAGUACUACGGUUGCGACGCUGGACCGAUUCCCAUGGACGCUGGGUCCGGUCUUGCGAAAUGCAGCGGCGAUGUGGGCGGAGGGGUGACCCUCCCCGAUGGCAAGAUUCCCUGCGACAAACUUCUUUCGCAGGAAGACUGCGAAGGCGCUGCUACCCCGGGGACCCAAUCGUGCGAAUGGAAGCCGGAGGCGGAGGGCGAGACCGCGAAGUGUGAAGAGAGCACGUCGUCGCAGUCGUGAAGGAGUACUACUAUAGUACAUCAACUCGUGCUGCGACGCUACAACCGGGUCGAUGUAGUGGGAAGUACAACUGGCUUUUUCAUCAUCCCGAAAAAUGGUAUAGUACGGCUAACAAGAAGAUACUAUAACACCGAGGCGCUUGUCGUUGUCCUUGUUUUUAAUUUUAUUGAAAAUGAAACUUUUAUUUCUUUGUAUGGGCCCUUCCUCUUUGUCGUUCUUUAUUCCCUUGUUCCGUCGCCCUACCUUGUCCUCAACCUGAUCCUACACUGCCGCCGCGGGUAGGGUGAAAGUAAGCGCUUCAGAUGUAGUGGGUCGGUUUCUUCAUUCCGAUUUGUUUGCAAUUUCCUUUUUUUGUUUCACCUGUACUUUCUACGUUUCUCUUCAUUUUUUCAUGGAACUGCGGCACCGACGAUGCCAGUCCAUCAUUUUUAAGCACUUGCUUUUUUUGCACUCAUUUUGAUUUUCGUCACAAUGGUCAAGUACUGGUAGCACAUUGUUGAGACACAGUGUGCUAGCCACUUACUCUCAGGAACUCAAUUAGCACGUACAACAGUCACUCGCUCGCCUAAAGAAGCGAGCACACAAUUGAUUUU